UUGAGCUUUUUUUUGGGCGUUUGUCGCGCGUUUUGGCCCAUAGACUUCAAUGGGAACGCGCAACGCUUGAUUUUAGCGCGUUUUUGACACAUAAAACGCGCGUUCGAACGCGCGUCUUGGAUUUUGCAACAUGCUGGAAAAGGCACAACACCAGGUGCAAAGCACAGUUUUGGAGAGAAGCCAGCAUGGAGGAGUCCGGCUGUGACACAGAGACCCUCAUCAGGCUGGUGCAAGCCAAACGCUGCCUGUAUGAUACGCAGGAUGGCAACUACAAAAAUCGGAGGAGCAGGCAGCAGGCCUGGGAGGAUAUUGCCAAAAGCAUCUGGCCAGAUUGGAGCAGUUUAACCAAGACAGUGAAACAGGGAAAAGUCAACACUAUCAAAGGCAAAUGGAAAAGCCUGAAAGAUGCCUUUAUCCGCCAUCGCCGCAAACAAAAGGAGCAGAGGAGCGGAUCCUCCCCAGGCGGACGCUCCAGUUAUGUGCAUGCAGCACAAAUGUCGUUUUUGAUAUCGUGCACCGAAAUGCGGAGCACCGAUAGUAGCUGGGAACACAGCCAGGCGCAAGGUGAUGAGGAAGAGGACGAGGGCACAAUGGACAGUGAGCCGGGCCCAUCUAUGGGGCCAAUGAGUCCUCCAGCCCCCCCCCCCACUCCGACUUUCGUCAGCCCCAUGCAGACUGUCCAAGCCGUACCAGAGGCAACUCGGCAGCCCCGACAUAAAAGGAGGAGAACGGAGAGACAGGAGGACCGCCUAAUCGGCUGCCUGGAUGCCCUGGCACAUCCUGUGCCAAAACUAAGCAGCGACGCAUAUUUUCUCCUCAGUCUAGAGGAGAAAAUGCUGCAUGUGCCGAGACAUAUGAUCACCAAAUACCUAACCUUUGAGGAUACGAACAUGAGGCGCUGCAUUGGACCUGAAGAAAGACUAAUUGUCACUUUGAGGAUCUACGAUGUGACCUUGGAUGCUGAACUGCUUCAAAACUUGACUACCACACCAGUCAAUUUUGAACAAGUCCGACAUGGAAGACCUGGAACAGCUGGACUAGCUGUCCGGGAACGCUAUGCGGACUACUUUUGCAGUCCAGAGGGAGCAUUGUCGUGGCAGAUGGAUGCCAUCCGUGGUGGUCGUUAA